AUGGGCAACUCUCCUAGCUACCCUAUUGACCUGGUUCUCCAACACUUUGGUGAUUUUCAGUCCCGCGCAGCAGACCUAGGGCUGGGAGUCCGAAAAGGGAAACUCCAAGCCCUUUGUAACACAGAAUGGCCCACCUUUGGGGUAGGAUGGCCUUAUGGGGGAACCUGGGAUCGUGCGGUCAUCUCAGCAGUCCACACAGCAGUUUUGGCCCCUAGAACCGAGGGGCACCCAGACCAGAUUCCCUACAUUUUUACCUGGCAAUCCCUGGCUCAGGACCCUCCCCCAUGGCUCAAACCAUACACCAACUCGGCGCAAGUCCUUGCCCUUGCCCUAGACAAAGCAGCCGGGGACCCAUCUGAGAACAAGGGACAGCCCAACCACUCAGCACCGCCAGUCCUCCCAGCCCCGGAGGAAUCUCUGCUGGACCUUCCCUUACCUCCCCCUUUCAACCCCCCAGCUCCCAUAUACCCUCCCCUACUGGGGGAAGCCCAGGCAGCACUUCCUGCCCAGGCAGUUCCCCCGGCUGCCCAGACAGUUCCCCCUGUUUUACCUUCACCUCCCCUGGCCAAUCAGACAAGGGGCCGCAGCCCUCUUGCUCCUGAAGUAGGCCAGUUCCCUUCCUCCACAGUGGCCCUCCCUGUACGGACCAUGGGACCCAUGGUUCCCAGUGGGCCAAUGGUUCAUCAAUACUGGCCGUUUAUCUCCUCUGAUUUAUACAAUUGGAAACACCAAAACCCCCCUUUCUCUGAGCAACCACAGAAGCUCAUUGACCUUCUGGAAUCCAUUUUUCUCACUCAUACUCCCACUUGGGAUGACUGUCAGCAACUCCUCCGCACACUCUUCACUAGUGAAGAGCGUGACAGCGUUCUUGCAGAAGGGCGGAAAAUGAUUUUAGGUGAUGACGGCCGCCCCACGGCUGAUCCCGCUUGCUUGGAAGCUGCGUUUCCCACGAAUUGCCCGGAUUGGGACUUCUCGACAGAGCAAGGUAGGGAGCGUCUCCAGUCCUAUCGCCAGACUCUCCUAGCAGGCCUCCGGGCAGCAGCUCGGAAGCCCACUAAUUUGACCAAAAUUGGGGCAGUUAGACAGGGCCCUGAGGAAACUCCCGCAGCCUUUCUAGAACGGCUACAGAAUGCCUUCCGAAUUUAUUCCCCCACGGACCCAGCAGCCCCUGCCAGUCAGACCGCAGUCCUAUUAGCAUUUGUCAAUCAAGCGGCACCAGACAUCCGUAAGAAGCUGCAGAGGGUGGAUGCAUUCACGGCACAGUCCCUAGAGGAACUUUUAAAAGUAGCCAAGAAAGUUUAUAACACCAGGGAGACCCCUGAGGAAAGGGCGGAACGCUUGAGACAGGAGGACCUUAUCAGGCAGGAUCAGAGACAGAAAGAGGCUGAGGAACGAGAUGUCAGGAUGCGUUCAGAACUACGCUCUCGGGAAGAAAAGGCCCAAAGACAGAUGCUUAAAGCUCAACAAGAGACCACUCGUAUUCUAGUGGCAGCCCUGCAUCGAAGCCAGGACAAUCAGGGCCAGAUCCCCAACCCAGAGGCACUUGUUUUGACUGCGGGCGCCCGGGCCAUUGGCAGAGGGAUUGCCCCCACAGGGCCCUGCAUUGAGGGGACUCCCAUUCCCCUGCUGGUGGACACGGGGGCAGAACACUCAGUCCUCCAACAUCCCCUGGGCGAAACUUCCUCCAAGUUUUCCGUGGUCUAGGGAAUGGUGGGUUCUCACAAAUACCCUUGGACCACUAAACAAACUGUGAAUCUGGGGACCCACGCAGUCUCCCACUCCUUCUUAGUCAUUCCUGAUAGCCCUGCCCCUCUCCUGGGUAGAGAUCUUUUGCAUAAAUUAGGCGCUUGCAUACAGUUUCACCAAGACUCAGUGGCCGUAACUGAUGCCAAAGGGAUUCCUCUCACUGUGCUCACAGUGAGCCUUCAGGAUGAGCACCAAUUGUUCUCCGACCCCAUUCCCACCUACAUUCCACCCAUGUUAAGCCCUGGGUGGCGGCUCACCCGGGGGGUGUGGGCGGAGCUUUCAGGGGUUGGCUUGGCAAUCCGCCAAGCCCAGGUCCUGAUCCCCCUCAAGUCCAGGGCCACACCCAUCCGGGUUAGACAAUACCCAAUGCCCUUUGAGGCCAGGAGAGGGAUCCAACCCCAUAUCAACUGUCUUCUGAAGGCCGGAAUCCUAGUUCCAUGCAAAUCACCUUGGAACACUCCCCUCUUACAGGUAAAGAAACCUGGGUGGAAUGACUAUCCCGUCCAAGACCUAAGGGAGGUGAACAAAAGGAUCAAGGACAUCCAUCCCACAGUCCCCAAUCCUUACAUGCUGCUUAGCAAUCUCCAUCCUUCCCUUAUAUGGUACACCACUUUGGACUUGAAGGACGCUUUCUUUACUCUCCCGCUUGCACCCAUUAGCCAACCCAUCUUUGCCUUUGAGUGGCACACCCCUGGGUCCCCGACUGUCUCCCUAACCUGGACUAGACUUCCACAAGGACUGAAACUCAGCCCGAGCCUCUUUAGCGAUGCUCUGGCUCGGGAUCUGGAGGAGUUCCGCACUGCACGUCCUGAAGUGACCCUCCUGCAGUACGUUGACGACCUCCUCAUCGCCUCCCCCUCUGAAGAUUCCUGUAAAGAUGCUACUCGAGCACUUCUGACCUGCCUUCAGGAAUCGGGGUAUCGCGUCAGCGCGAAGAAAGCACGCAUUGCCCGCACGGAGGUAAUAUUUUUAGGCUAUCGCUUAAAAGAGGGUUUUCGAUGGCUCACUGAGGCCAUGACCCAGACUGUCUUGACAAUCCCUACCCCAUCAUCACCUAGGCAGGUCCGAGAGUUUCUCGGGACAGUGGGUUACUGUCGGUUGUGGAUCCCUAAUUUCGCUGAAAUUGCGAAGCCCCUCUAUUUAGGGGCUAGGGAGUCCAAAGCCUGGUCAUGGACAAAGGAAAUGGACUUGGCCUUUCAGGAACUGUGCACCUCCUUGCUGAGAGCCCCGGCCUUGGCCCUGCCCAAUCCCGAAAAGGCAGUUUUGCUCUUCGUGGAUGAAAAACAUGGAGUAGCAAAGGGAGUCCUCACCCAAAAGUUGGGACCCUGGGACAGGCCAGUGGCAUAUUUGUCCAAAAGGAUGGACCCUGUGGCAGCGGGGUGGCCAGCAUGCCUCCGCAUUAUUGCCGCUGUAGCUCUCUUAGUCAAGGACGCAGACAAGCUCACCCAUGGCCAAGCACUGACCAUUGCCACCUCUCACGCCAUUGAGAGUGUCCUUUGGCAACCACCAGUCAGAUGGCUCUCACACUCUAGGCUGACACACUAUCAGUCCCUGCUCCUCAAUGAACCACGACUCACUUUUAAGGUGGUCUCAGCCCUCAAUCCUACCACCCUGCUUCCUAUAGGGGACCCAACAGCAUCCCACUCUUGUCAGGACAUUUUAGUGGAAGCUACCUCAGCAAGGCCUGACCUCAAGGACACCCCAGUCCCAAACCCGGACCUCAUUUACUUCACUGAUGGUAGCAGUUUCAUCACCCCUUCGGGGGCCAGAGUAGCAGGGGCAGCAGUAGUUGACCAGUCAGGUUCCAUUGUUUGGGCAGCCCAACUUCCUGAAGGAACCUCAGCCCAGCAGGCUGAAUUGAUUGCUCUGGAAGCAGCCCUUAGGAUGGCGAAAGGGAAGCGAGUGAUUAUCUACACAGACAGCCGCUACGCAUUUGCCUCCCUGCAUGUUCAUGCUCCCAUCUACCGUGAGCGGGGAUACAUAACCUCCACAGGGAAGCCAAUUGCCCAACUAGAACAUAUUCAGGGGCUCCUGGAUGCAGUCUGGGAACCCCACCUAGUGGUCGUUAUCCACACACCAGGCCAUCAGAAGGGCAAUUCCCACCCAGCACUGGGGAAUAGGUGGGCGGAUGAAGUGGGCUCGGGAAACCUCCUGCUCCCGGCCCCUCCAUCAGAGCCACCCCAAUACUCGGAAGAAGACCAAGUAUGGGUCACCAAACAGGAAGGCGAGCCCUUAGCCGGCUACGAGGCGGUUUUCCAAGACCACCGGGGCAACAUACUCCUGCCCCAUGUAGCAGGCUGUCUACUGGCCACUCACCUCCACCAUCUUACCCACCUUGGUGCCGAUAAACUUCGGGAGAUUCUAUGGAAGGGGAGGAUUCGAUUCCGGGGCAUGACCUCCUUUCUUGAGGAACUCACCCGCAAAUGCACUACCUGCCAAGCGGUGCAGCCAGCCAACUCCACCACCGCUCCGGGGGCCCGGUUGAAGGGAACCAGACCCUGUGAACACUGGGAACUCGACUUCACUGAGGUAAAGCCGGGUAAAUUUGGGUUCCGGUACCUUCUGGUUAUGGUAGACACAUUCACGGGAUGGCCAGAAGCCUUUCCUACCAAGGCUGAAACAGCAUAGGAAGUAGCCAAACAUCUCCUGGAAGACAUCAUCCCUCGCUAUGGCCUCCCCACCUCCUUGGGGUCGGAUAAUGGACCAGCCUUCAUUAGCCACACUGUCCGGCUGCUGGUAAAGGGCCUAGGGGUAACUUGGAAGCACCAUUGCGAAUACAGACCCCAGAGCUCAGGUCAGGUGGAGAGGAUGAAUCGGACCCUAAAAGAGUUUCUUACUAAACUCACCCUGGAGACUGGCAAGGACUGGGUGACCCUCCUUCCCCUCGCUCUUUUUGAAGCCCGAAAUACGCUGGGCCAGCUGUCCCUUACCCCCUAUGAGAUCCUUUAUGGUUCUGUACCCCCCAUUCUAUCAUCUUUCCCUCCACUGAAAAAACACCCGCCCCAUCUGUGAAAUUUUGUUCUUUCUCUUUCCCAGGUGCAUGCCAAAUUGUGGCCACGUCUUCAAGCCCGGUUUCAACCACCACCCCACGAGCCUCACCAAUUCAAGCCGGGUGACUGGGUCUGGGCUAAGAGACACUGGAAGGAAACCUUGCAACCCAGGUGGAGAGGGCCACAUGUUGUCCUGCUGACCACUCCUUCUGCGGUAAAGGUGGACAGCAUUGGUCCCUGGAUCCAUCAUUCUCACGUCAGGCCAGCCACAGCUCCAAACCCAGAGUGGGAAGUUAAGGUCCACCCGAACAACCCCUUGAAGCUGACAUUGAGCAAAUCCUAA